AUGGAGAAGGCAUGGUUCUUUGGAAGCCUCUUCCCUGUGUUCGUGCUGUACCACCUGGGUGAAGAGGGCCUCCUUGUCUCUCUGAAUGACCCCCUGGAGCUGUAUGCAGGCACCUUCACCACCAACAACUUUCUGGGCCUGGUCUCAGACCUGCAGGUCCUGGGCCAAUUUCCUGUCACUGUGUUGAGGAUGACCAGCCAGCUCUUUGGACUGCCCAGAAGGCUGCACUCUGCCUCGCUGCUGUGGAGGGGCAGCUCUCAGGAGGCCCUAAGCCUACUCUAGGAUGACACACUGGUGGAAGAUCCAGGCACCAAGGGUCAUUACGGCACGCUGGCCUUCUCGUUCCUGGCCCACAUCCUGGCCCACACCGCGCAGCGGGAUUACCAGUGCUGGGUCUCCGAGAGAACACGCCAGACACUGGCAAUGGCCCACGGGGGCUUCCACCUCACUCCCUAGGCGUAUGCGUGCUUGGCAGCUGGCGCUCCGGAUCUGGGCUGGUACCGCCCGUCGGGCCAGACGUGCCCCACCUUCGCCGAUCUGGCCAAGCUGGCCAUGGAGCUACUGGGCAGUAGGCCGCGGAGGCUCCUGCAGCCCGAGGCGGCACACACUGCUGAUGACGCGCUGGAGAGCGUGCAGAACCUUCUCCCUGGUGGCGGCGCUGCGCCUGGGCCCGGGCUGCGUCUCCGGCGCGACCCGGGGGCGCGCUGCCUACGACUUGCCCUGCCCACCCUGAAGUGGGCCCCGUGGGAGGCGGAGCGCAUCCCGCAGCCCGGCCCCUCCGCUCGCCUCUGCACCUUCUCCAAUCAGACCUUCGACUGGGGGCACCUAGCGGGGCCGGUGGGCGAGCUACGGCAGCGCUAGUUCGGAGGGGUGGACGCGCUGGUGCCCGCCGCCUUCCGCACUUUGGCGCUGCGCCGCCUGCGCGGUCACGUUGUCCAGAUGCACGUGGCCAGCGUGUUCCUGGGCGCGCCCUGCCGCUUCCUCGGGACGCAGCACGGGCAGCUGGUCAACGGGUCGCGGGGCUAG